AUGGCAUGUCUGUGUACUGCUUCAGCCACAGCUCUAUCAGCCGCUAUGUCCGUUAAAUCCAACACCGCAUUCUUGUUACACAAAGUAAACAUUAUCACCUCAAACGACGUAUCCGAUACCGCUAACACUGUAGUCCGCAUGGGUAGAACUAAAAUCAGUAUCGUUUCCGCCUAUUAUUUAUUAGCUGGUGUAAUCGCAAUCGUCCUACUUCCCUUAAUAAUCGCCUCCAUGGUGUAUCUGUGUCUCGCUUGCAAGGAGGGCAACAUUUUGUAUUCGCCGCCGAACUCUGGUUCGAAUUCAGGGCAGACCCGGAGCAACAGCUGUUACGACUCCAUAAGGGACACGACGAAAUCGUCAGCGGAGUCGUCGCCCCUCCCUGCACAGGGGGCGGAACCGCUGCUUGACAGCACGUCUACUUACGACUCACACGACGCGUCGGACAGCUGCAGCAGCGUUCAGGAGCAGCGCUACUACAACACGACUUCUGACGAACAGGACACGGGGUCCACGCCAACUUCAAACCCAACUCACACUCCAUAA